AUGGAGAACGCAGAGCCAGGUUGUUCUCAGCCAAAACGUAAAAAAAUAUGUGUAAAAAACCCUAAAAAGUUAACAGAAGAAGAACUUGAAUACUUUUUAACACAAUCAGAUAGUGAAGAUAAAUAUAUUUCAUCGAAAGACGAAUAUAUUCCAUCUACAGACGACAAGGAUGGGGAUGAGUUGGAUUUCGGUGUAUUUGAUUUCAUCAUUGUUGGUGGGGGUGCUGCUGGCUGCGUAUUAGCCAAUCGACUUUCUGAAAUCCCUAGCUGGAAAAUUUUGUUGAUAGAAGCAGGAGACCAAGGAAAUACUGUUACAGAUAUUCCUGCUAUGUUGGUAUACUCAAUAAACUCUCCAUUCAACUGGGGUUAUAAAUCCAUCCCGCAAUCACAGUGUUGCCAAGGCAUGAGAAACUAUUCAUGUAACAUUCCCAGAGGAAAAGGCCUUGGUGGAUCCAGUUUGAUCAGCGCUAUGCUCUACGUCCGUGGUAAUCCUGAUGAUUACAACCAAUGGGUCAAGCUUGGAAAUCCAAACUGGUCAUAUGAGGAAUGCUUACCUUAUUUUAAAAAAGCGGAAACAGCAGAUUUUGUCACCCCAGAUCAAACGUACCACGGAACUACUGGACCAGUUCAUGUUAAUUAUACUGGUCCUUCUUCUGUAAUUAAUACCGCGUUCUUCCAAGCUGCAACCUUUGAUAUGGGAUUAAAAAUACUUGACUAUAAUGGUAAAGAGCAAAUUGGAGCAGGUCAAUUGCAGUCCACUAUAAACUUUAACAAAAGAGUGGAAGCUGGAUCAGCAUAUGUCACUCCUAUAAUAAAAACUAGAACUAACCUUAUUGUCUCUCUUCGUUCAUUUGCUACAAAAGUUGUAAUAUACGGAAAAAAAGCUGUGGGCGUCGAAUUUAUUAAAGAUAGAAAAAAAUACUUUGCUAAAGCAUCAAAAGAAAUUUUGGUAACUGCAGGUGCCGUUAAUUCUGCUCAAAUUUUAAUGUUAUCAGGAAUUGGCCCCAAGGAACAUUUAACAAAACUGGGUAUAAAGGUAUUAAAAAAUUUACCUGUAGGACAACACUUGGUAGAUCACCCAGUAUUUGCAGGAUUAUUUUUUACCACGAGACUCUCUCAGCCAGAAGUUUCUUUACCAGAACAGGUGCACGAGUAUCAAAGUGCUAAUACUCCUUUAACUAGAUGCUUUGGAGCUGAAAAUAUAGUUUAUACAAAUAUAAAUAACGAUAGUAGUGCUGUUCCUGAUAUAGAAUUUAUAGCUUAUGCACCACCAAGAGGAGGGGAUGCACAAGUAUUGUUUAAUUUUGAUGAUAACAAUAAUAAUGCUUACAAUAAAUUAAAUAUGGCAGGAAGUAUUCAAGUGAUGGUAAAUUUAGCACACCCAGAGUCAUCAGGAUCUGUCCAGUUAAAAUCAAGCAGUCCACUAGAUUUCCCUUUAAUUGACUUAGGACUACUAACAGACAAAAACAAUAAAGAUAUAAAUACCAUGUUGAAAGGCAUAAAGUAUGCUAUAAAGUUCUUUACGGGGAAACAAUUUGACAAUAUCGGUUCCUUUAUUUCCUUCGAAGUUCCAAAAUGUCAAUCGCACAAAUUUAACUCGGAUGCUUAUUGGUACUGCGCAAUUCGACAGUUGACAAUGGGCUACUUUCACCUUACUGGCACUACAAGAAUGGGCCCGUGCUAUAGAAAUUCUGUUGUUAAUGCUUCUUUGGUGGUUCAUGGAAUGGAUAAUUUGAGGGUUGUAGGAGAAGGUUCUAUACCACGUCAAGUAGCAGGACAUCUUUAUGGACCUGUAUUAAUGAUGGCAGAGAAAAUAUCAGAUGAUAUUAAAAAAAAAUAUGAACACGUACAAAAUUCUGUAACACGGUUAUUUAAGUAA